GGACACAGAGGGGAGAAGAGAAGUCCAAGUGGAGAAUCUGCUAGGGACCCUGUAACCAAGGCCCUGAAAAGCUCUUUGGGGAUCUUAUGCAGAUCUUCUUCAACUCCGUAACUCAGCCUCCAAACAGAAGGGCUUGGGAUAAGAGGAAAGGAAGGCCUGCUUAGGACGUGUAUCCUUUUCCUUCCUUCUCCCUCAUGUCUCUCUGAGUCAGGUAGACUUUCUGGAAUUCUGCAUCCUCAAGAGACACUACCCCUAACCAUCAACACAAUCGCGCCCUCUAGUGACCUCAACAGGGACAUGACUGGCAGAGUUCCCCAUGCAUCCCCUGGUCCAGCUUCCAGGCCUGUGCUGAUCUCCUGUGCAGCUGUUAACUCCCUGUGGAGAAGGGCUCCAGUCCUUCCAAAUGGCCUGGAGAAACUGAGGCAGUUGCAGCUUCUUGCAGGUCCUUCUGUAUGGAUGGGGCUGGAAAUUGAGCAAGAGAGCCAUCUCCCUAGUGCUUAGUUUCCUCCCUCUGGGCCUGAAAAGGGUUCCAGAACUCCUUCCCCACCAUCUUUAGUGCUGGGCCGGGCACCUGCCAUGGGAGGGCCCUGUGCUAGAGAGAAGGGUUGGCGGUUGGCUACAGCUCCCCCCGCCCCACACUCCCCCCAGCAAAGCGGCAGCCCUAGUCCCCAGACAGAGAGGCUGGCAGGAAACUGGAAUGCAGCAAAGCUGGGGUGCUGGUAGGCACAAAGUGGGUACACUGAUCCCUGGCCCAUCCUCCGGUAGGAGGCUAAGCCACAGGUGCAGACACAAGGCGUGUAAACAUGCAACAUGAUACACACACAUAAUACGGUAUAUGGUACAUGUAUGUAUGUAGUAUGGUAUAUGGUACAUGAUGUGGAUCAGAUGCAUGUCACACACAGCACGGAAUAGAUACAGUGCACACACAACACAGUGCAGCCCCACGGCACAUACACUCUACAGUACCAACACCGUAUAUGUAUGCAUGAUCUAAACGCGACUGCACGCACACCCAACAUGAUACAAACUGGGCACACACAAAAUGGCAUAGAUACGACACGGCGCACACACGACAGGGUACAGGCACACAGGGCACCCAUAUACAGUGAGUGCAGGAAGCGGCAUGGAUAUACUUGAGCCGGCAUGUACUCACACACAGGCCACAUCCCUGCACUCCCCAACAAAAUUCACCCCGCAGACAGGCCAGAGGAGUGUGGCCACCAGGUGGAGCGCUGCGUCCUGCCAGUCUCAUCUGCACUGGCUCCAGCUGUGCAAUUGGGGGAUUCGAAGUAGGCCGCCCUGCAGUUCAUCGGAGGCUAAAGCCAGGGGGAGGCAGGCCUGAGGACAGCUCUUGAUCUUGCGCAGAAGCCCAGAGGUGCUUGGUCGGUUUGGGCUGGUGCAUCCACUGCCCCGCACCUGGCCCUCUGGCGCUGCUCCCCACUCCCGUGGGUGCUUGGUGCCGUCCCCGUGCUCAGGAGACUUUUUGUGGCCACACUUCUUGAGCCCUCUUCCAGUCCUGCCUCUUUCUGGGGCUUUGGCAGCCGGCACUCACCUCCCCUCACCCCACCCCCCUUGCCGGCUGAGCUCAUGCAGCAAGGGAUUUUGGGCACACCACUUCGCAGCCCAGUGGGUGCGAUCUGGAAAUGCUGCUGGGAGUGUGCGAGUGGGAAGCACUCAGGGAAUGCCAGGGCCGCUGGGGGACAGACAGACAGACGUGCUCUGGAGUCUUGCCAGGAGCAAGUGGCAGACCUAGGGUUUCUAUAGUACGCCGGACAAUACCACCCCCUGUGAAAAUGCAAAUACUUCACAUCCGUCCUGUUUGAUCUAUUCCUCCCGAGGACACACGUCCACGGUUUCCCCCAAGAAAGAGCAGCUGAGUCCUUGCAUCUUGUGGCAACUGGUGUGCCCAGCACCCAGUCCGUCGGAGUUGAAGGCAGCCCGGCCCCUUCUCAUGGGCAGCACCCACCUGUGCUGAGGUCCUGCAGGAGUGGCGGUGAGAGGAGCUGCGCCAUCAGUGGUAACUGAAAAUGUCUGACAGUCUGGAUAAUGAAGAGAAACCCCCAGCUCCCCCGCUGAGAAUGAAUAGUAACAACCGAGAUUCCUCGGCACUCAACCACAGCUCCAAACCACUUCCCAUGGCCCCCGAAGAGAAGAAUAAGAAAGCCAGGCUUCGCUCUAUCUUCCCAGGAGGAGGGGAUAAAACCAAUAAGAAGAAAGAGAAAGAACGCCCAGAGAUCUCUCUUCCUUCAGACUUUGAACAUACGAUUCAUGUGGGGUUUGACGCAGUCACCGGGGAGUUCACUAACUCCCCCUUCCAGACCUCUCGACCUGUGACGGUCGCUUCAAGUCAAUCAGAGGGAAAAAUGCCAGAUCUCUAUGGCUCACAGAUGUGCCCAGGGAAGCUCCCAGAGGGAAUUCCUGAGCAGUGGGCACGGUUACUCCAAACCUCCAACAUAACAAAGCUGGAACAGAAGAAGAAUCCACAAGCCGUCCUAGACGUUCUCAAAUUCUACGAUUCCAAAGAAACCGUCAACAACCAGAAAUACAUGAGCUUUACAUCCGGAGAUAAAAGUGCACACGGAUACAUAGCAGCCCAUCCUUCGAGUACAAAAACAGCGUCAGAGCCUCCUUUGGCUCCUCCUGUGUCCGAAGAAGAAGACGAAGAAGAGGAAGAAGAAGAAGACGACAAUGAGCCCCCGCCGGUUAUUGCGCCAAGACCAGAGCAUACGAAAUCAAUCUACACUCGUUCUGUGCUUGAAUCCAUUGCUUCACCAGCAGCACCAAAUAAAGAGGUCGCACCACCUUCUGCAGAGAAUGCCAAUUCCAGUACUUUGUAUAGAAACACAGAUCGGCAAAGGAAAAAAUCCAAGAUGACAGAUGAGGAGAUCCUAGAGAAGCUAAGAAGCAUUGUGAGUGUUGGUGACCCAAAGAAAAAAUACACAAGAUUUGAAAAAAUAGGUCAAGGGGCAUCAGGUACUGUUUAUACAGCGCUAGACAUUGCAACAGGACAAGAGGUGGCCAUAAAGCAGAUGAACCUUCAACAGCAGCCCAAAAAGGAAUUAAUUAUUAAUGAAAUUCUGGUCAUGAGGGAAAAUAAGAACCCCAAUAUUGUUAAUUAUUUAGAUAGCUACUUAGUGGGUGAUGAACUAUGGGUGGUCAUGGAAUACUUGGCUGGAGGCUCUUUGACUGAUGUGGUCACCGAGACCUGUAUGGAUGAAGGCCAGAUAGCAGCUGUGUGCAGAGAGUGCCUCCAAGCUUUGGAUUUCUUGCACUCAAACCAAGUGAUCCAUAGAGACAUAAAGAGUGACAAUAUCCUUCUUGGGAUGGAUGGCUCUGUUAAAUUGACUGAUUUUGGGUUCUGCGCCCAGAUCACCCCUGAGCAAAGUAAACGAAGUACUAUGGUGGGAACUCCCUAUUGGAUGGCACCUGAGGUGGUGACUCGAAAAGCUUACGGUCCGAAAGUUGAUAUCUGGUCUCUGGGGAUUAUGGCAAUCGAAAUGGUGGAAGGUGAACCCCCUUACCUUAAUGAAAAUCCACUCAGGGCAUUAUACCUGAUAGCCACUAAUGGGACUCCAGAGCUCCAGAAUCCUGAGAGACUGUCGGCUGUGUUCCGUGACUUUUUAAACCGCUGUCUUGAGAUGGAUGUGGACAGGAGGGGAUCUGCCAAGGAGCUUUUGCAGCAUCCAUUUUUAAAAUUAGCCAAGCCUCUCUCCAGCCUGACUCCUCUGAUUAUCGCUGCGAAGGAAGCAAUUAAGAACAGCAGCCGCUAGGACUGCAAGCCUUACCCCACACCAUCUCCCUCCUGAGUAAGACUGAACUGUGAAACUCUGCGGCAGGAAAGAGGGAAGCAAAGACAGUCAAAUGGGGUGGGGGUGGGGGUUCUUUAACUUUCCAAUGACUAGAAACUUCUUAUAAGCCUUUUUCCUACUCCCUCAGAUUAUGUAAUUUAUUUGUAAGCCUGAAUCGCAGCCCGAACCGGGCAGCAAUGUCGAAGCGGCCGUGAAGUGGCCACUUCUUCCGUGAAGCGAAAGAGCCAGUAGUGAAUCCCCUCGUUUUGUGCAUUUGCUUUGAAGAAAACAAGGUUUCUCAAAGAUGCACACUCCCUCUUCAUAGUGUCGUGUUCGUUUUUAAGUUAGAGAGUAGUCCCUCUUGCAUUCGAACCUCCUUCAAAACUCCUUACCCAAAUGUGACGUUCUUCACUUGCACUGUCAUGAGGUGUCCAGAGGAAAAAAAAAAAAAAAAAAAAAAGAUGUCAAAACGUUUUUUUUU